AUGCAGCGCCCCAACUACGGCAACCCACCACCGGCGCAUUCACCACCUUUACACCACCCCGUCCCACAACACGUUUCCACAGUCCCCCAGCUACGGUCACCACCUCCCCCGCAACCCCCUUCACAACCACAGAGCGGCUAUGGCUACGGGUCACAGGCAGGUGGCAUGCCGCCUCAACAAGGCGGAUAUGGCGUGCACCCGUCGUUCGGCGGCUUCAUCAACGACCCCACUGCUCAGCUAGGGUUCCAGAUGGGAAAGAGCGCCGUGGACGCUGGGCAGCACUACAUGGAACAGAAUCUAGGACGUCUUGUCUCAGUGUCCGCAUUAAAGCACUACUUCAACGUCACAAAUUCCUACGUCCUCAACAAACUACGCAUCAUCCUCUUCCCAUGGUGGCACCGUCCCUGGUCGCGCCAACGGCAACACACGGCCGAUCCAUCAGCGUCCGCCGCACUGCUAUAUCAACCUCCACGAGAAGAUGUCAACUCACCAGACAUGUACAUACCCACCAUGGCCCUGGUGACCUACAUUCUGCUGUCAACACUCUUCGCAGGUCUGCGCGGCGCCUUCAAUCCCGAACUCCUGGGCAAGACCGCUACAGUCGCAAUCGCAGUCACCUUACUCGAGAUCCUCAUCAUCCGAACCGGCACCUUCCUCCUCGCCAUCAGCAGCUCCUCGCAACUCCUCGACCUCGUAGCGUACAGCGGCUACAAGUUCGUCCACGUCAUCGUAUCGCUGCUCAUCACCAACUUGGCCAAUUGGAUCGGUUUCAGUAGCUCAUGGGUCGGCUGGGUCAUAUUCCUUUACUGCUUCAGCGCGAACUCGUUCUUCUUGUUGAGGAGCCUGAAAUACGUGCUGUUGCCUGACAACAAACCACAAGACGCCUUUGGCGCUCCUGCUCCCGUGGGAUAUCCUCAGGAUAUCAAGACUGGUCAGAAGUCGAGGAGGACGCAGUUUUUGUUUGUGUAUAGCUAUGUGGUGCAAUUUGGGUUCAUGAUCUGGUUGAGCAAGGUAUGA